AGCGAAUAUCAGAGCCAACCCUUGGCCGAUAAUAUCGAUCGACUCUCGAUUGCUUCGGGCUGGCUGACAGGGUGAAAGUUGAAAGUUCGUCCAAAUCCGAAAACAGGAGACACGUGCAGGCUGAAGAGUUGCCUGUGCAUCUGUAGCACCAGCUGCAGCCAUGGCUGCCAUCUACUCAGGUAUCCAUCUGAAACUGAGGAGUCCUCAGACUCCGUGGGAGGACAAGCUGAAGCUGGCACGUUUUGCCUGGAUCUCCUCUCAGUGCCUGCUGACCAACAAGGAACAGGUGCUGUUGGACUGGUGCACCCACGCUCUGACAGGAUGGUACAAUCAGAAGGUGGAGUUUUCUCAGAAUGUAUUGGAAGGCCUGUGGUGUUACCUUGAUGACCUGCUCCGCAGCCGGAAGCUCCACUCACUUCUCAAGCAGGGCAAGAACAUCAGCCUGAGGCUCAGCAUGGCACAGCUGCUGCUUGACCGUCUCCAGGAGUGUGCGUGUGUUGGCUCCAAGUCCCUGGUGUGUGUGUCCACCAUAUUGAGUGUGUGUCAGGGCAUUCUCUCUUCUCCGGUGCUUUCAUCUGUCUUCACCACCAAGUAUGAACUCAUGGUUAAUCUGUUGGCCAAGCUCUGCUCUCUGGCCUGCUGUGAGCUACAGCAGCCAUUGCUCACAGAAACCCCAAUGACUGAGACUGCCACAUGUCAAGACGAGUUGAUGACUGAGUGUCUUCAAACUGAGCCUGAUACCAAUUUGAACACUUUGGACACUCCCCCAGAUCAUCUAGAGUUAGAUACAAAUAAAUCCCCUUCCAAGCCAAAUGCAAACCUGCAUUCAUCUAAUUUGUUUGAGGCGUUGCUUCAGGUGUUGACAUGUUAUUUAUCGGUUCAGCGACAACAAGCUAACCCUAACAGGGUCUUUACCAUGGUAACCAACCAGCUGAUCCAGCCGUUAGUACUACUCAGACACCUGCUGACUUCUCACACACAUCUGCGACUCCAUCAGCAGCUGUGCAGAGACAUUCGUGUCAAGAUAGACUCCAUCCUUCAGUUUGGACUUUUCCCCACUGAGCAUCUGACCUCCUACAAGGAGGAGCUUCUUCCAUCUAAAGAGGAUUCUGGGAGACAUGGUCCAGGAGGGGCAAAAGGCCACUUGAAGCCAGUCAGUGCCUUACUUUCUAAACUGAGUGCUCAGGGUUACUGUGAGCCACCCCUACAUUACUCAGUCAAGUCCAAUACAUUGUCUCUGUUGUUUAAAUUUUUUCUGGAAAGCUAUGGAAAAGGAAGAGGAGAAAGUGAGGAAGACCAGAGGAUGCUGUGUUUCUAUUUUCUCACCAGAUUGGUCCCAGCCUUGGAUCUAGGUCUCAGUGGACCCUCAGUCUCACUUGCAAAAGCAGACCAGCCAGUCUCUGUGUCCCCUGGGCAGAGGUCUCUGCCAUCCUCCCUCUGUUCCCCAGAGAACUGGAGCCUGGCCCUGUUGGCUGUGGAGUUCCUACUAAGCCAGGCUCUGUCAGCUGAUAUUUAUAAUAUAGCAGCGGACAGGAUACGACACAGAGAGGUGCAACUCAACUUUUACAGAGCCCUGGGACAAAUCCUCUUCAACCAGGCCCAGCCAAGCAUCCCAGCAUGGUACCGUUGUAUGAAGGUGUUGUUGAGUCUCAACCAUCUGAUUCUUGAACCAGACCUGGACCAGCUUUUAUCUUCAGCUUGGGUUAAUUCUGAAUGCAUGGAAGCACGAGUGCAACGGGCAAGACAGGUCAUGGUGUGCAGUCUCCUUCAGACCUACACUAAGCUCCGUCAGCUCCCUCGCCUCUUCUCUGAGCUCCUGUCUGUGAUCUGUCAGCCAGCUCUGGACGAACUCCGACCUCCUCUGCUGUCUGAGGGGGUCUCUGCCUCCCUCAGGACGUGUCUUCUGGACACCCCCCCAUCCCAGGGCCUAGAGAUCUGCUCAUUAGUGUUGGCAAGCAUAAGGAGAUAUAUAUUUCCUGCCCUGGUAAAGGAAGAAGGAGAGACAGAGAAGAUGGAAAUUGAUGGAGAAGGAGGCGAUAAAGGAGAGAGAAGAGAAAUUAAGGUGGACCAAGACAGACGAGAUGCUUCUCUGAAGCUUUUCUCCCUCAGCCAGCUCCUUCAUGCUGUUUUAUUUAGUCUGAAGACUUUAGACAAUGCAUCUCCUUUUCCCUUAGUCAGGCAGAGUCAAGCCCUGAUGGAGGAGAUGCAGCAGGUCGUAAAAGAGAUACAACAGCUGUUGUCAACAGAAAUGAAGACUGUAAAAACAAAUAUAAAUUCAGUUCAAAAGACGCCAAGGAAAGGCAAAAAGAAUUUGGACCACAAAAAAGCAGAGAAGUUCUCAGAGACUAAAAUGGGAGUGUUGUGGGAACAGAAGACUGAGGAGGCCACUCUUCUCCUCAGGUACACCUGGGUGGAAGUGGACACGCUUUUUGAUAUCCACUGUAGUAAAUAUGUAUCUCUUGAUUCAGCCCAGAUUGCAGCUGUAAGUGAGACUGAAGACCAAGCUCUUUCUAUUAAUCCAGUCCUAACCCAUAUUGAGAGUCUUGUAUCUGAUGAGAUUUUACCAGCAUAUCUCCAUCACUCCCCGUCCUGCAGUCCCAUGAGCUGUUUGCUGCUCAAACUCCUCACUUUACAACAAAUGAAGAAAGUUUUGUUAGAUGGCACCUCGCUCGCUGAAUCCAGCACUGUAGCACUGCUAAACAGGGCGGCCCAGUUUAUUUUAGCUAAAUCGCAGCUUGAGGUGAGUCUGGAUGGAGAGCAGGUGUGGGACGGGCAGAUAGGUAGUGUGAAUGCCAGCUCCUAUCUUGUAGCACACUGGCAUCUUGUCACAUCCAAUCUGCCUUUGAUCGCUCCCUACCUGAGCGGAGAAGACGUGGGCUGCAUAGCAAAUGUUCUUGUCACUUCACUCCUCAGCAGACAGACAGAUGGAGGGAAGGACCGGCUGUCCACCUGUCUGACGGUCUCCCUCAUAUCUUCACAGCUUCUCCAAAGCCCAAUUCUUGCUGAGUUGCCCUCCCUUUUUUCUGCCACAGUUUAUUCCCUCACACAAAGGAUUAAUGGUGCUCUCAUGGUGGCACAUGAACCCAAGGUUUGUGCCAUGCCCCUGAAGUUUCAGAAGGAAGGAACUAGUACCAGUCAGCCUCUGUCCAAACUGGUGAAAAGAGAGACCAUAGUUGAGGAUAUAUUGGUGUCCUCUAAGACUGGUGAGGUGUCUGUAUUGCUGACUGACACACAGACCAAGGAACUGGUGAACUUACUCCAAAUCUUAACAAACUUAAACCCAGAUGGGAUGAGCUCUGAGGAUCUCUCCUCUGUUUUCCUCCUGCUCUUCUUCAUGCUCACCUCCACCUCCAGUCAGUCAGACCGGGUGGUUGUGGAUCGUCCUGACUCUGGAGAUGAUACUGUAUUCCUGGUGAAGGUGCUCAGGAUCCUGACUUGUCUUGUGGAGAGUAGAAACUUCCAAAGUGUUUUGAAGCUCAUUCAUGGAGGAACUCUGCUGCAGGCCGCCGUAUCUUCUUUCCUCUGGCAUAGCAACAGUGGAAGAUUUCGAGCAACAUGCAGCACUGAUAGGAUGAAUUUAAUCAAAGCAUUACAGGACUUCAUCAGGUCCUUGGUCCACUUAAUUAUAAUCAGAAACUGCAGCGUUCGUCUAAACCUGGACGAGUUUGUCUCCUUUCUUACCAGUGAGGAAACAGCAAGCAGGAGUAAUGUUGCAACCAGUUCAACAACUGUUUUGGGUAAACCAGAUCCAGGAGCAUGCAUUUCAUCUGUUCAUCUUGUACUGGCAUCACUGACUUCUCUCGCCCAGGCGAUGACCUCUAACCUUGGAAGGAGUAAACCAAUGGAUCAAACCUUGACCCAAAUGCUCACAAGAGCUACUGCUUCACUGGGACCAGCUGUUGAGUCCAUCCUAAGGCCCCAGACUGUCAGCGAAGUAGUCAUCCAACCAGCCAGCAUCCUCAGUCAAGCCUUUGUGGUAGACGUCGUUACUGUCAUGCUGCACUGUGAACUCUCCUCACUGUCAGUGGUAGACCAGAACAAACAUGAUGGCACCAAGCUCACCUUGAGGCACAUGACCCUCUAUCACAGCUUCUGCCAGCAGAUCCUCAGAGAAAUAAGCUCUGCCCUCAGGCCCAUGGACUUCCUGGUUUCAUCUCUCCAUUUCCUGUCCACUUUCUACAAAGCAGUGGAGAGAACAAGAGGAGAGAGGGAGAAGGAGCAAGGAGAAGAGGAGAAGGGAGGAAAGGAGUUGGAUGCGCUGUACAUUGAGAUACUGCAGAAUGUGCACAGACUGCUGACAGCUCCUUGGCUCUCUUCAAAUGAUGUUAGUGAGCUGGAGCCAGCUGUGCAGGAGCUGCUGUGCCACCUAGUGGAGCAAAGUAGUACAGGCCAGUUCAAUCUGCUGCUCCUGAUAAUCAGAGAAGGACUGGACGCUGGCAAGCUGAGGGCUGGAAACUACAGGGAGGUGCUAUCUGCAGUAACCAUCGUUAAACUGCUGUCCUGUUGUCAGUUUCCUGAGCCCUGCUCUAAAGCUCUGUGGCUCAUUGCACCGCAGAUUAUAUCUGCUAUCGUGUUCUUGGUGAGAUCGUCCGCACAGGACGUCUCUCUGACACUUCCCUUUACCGUUCCUACCGUGAUGUCAAUGGGGUCCCUGCUGCGCCAGGGGGAGGGGCUCAUCACCAACCCUCAUCACGUGAUCUUGGUGCUUGGAGCGCUGCAGUCGGUGCCCCUCGACCACUUGACCCCACACGUCUACCGGUCAGCGUUCCUGGCUGUUCAUGAGGUGCUGUUUGCCAUCAUCCAGUGUCAUCCUCAGGUACUGUUGAAUGCAGCUCCAUCCUUCCUAAAUGUCUUCUACCGCCUGGUGGCAUCCAUCAUGCAGGAGGGCCGACAGAGAGGAGACAGUGACACAGGUUCAGAUACUGACGUUUAUCUCCAGUGCUCCAGAUUGAUAGAGAGGAUGUAUUCUCACAUUGCUGCUACAGCUGAGAGCUUCACCGCGCUGUCAGCCUUCAUGGUGGCUCAGUACGUCACAGAGCUACAGAAGGUUACUCUGCGACCAGACAUUAAGCGGCAUCUAACUGAGGGGAUCUAUCAGAUUCUUGACCUGUGUAUGGAGCAGGAUAUCAAGUUUCUGACGGCCGGACUGCAGAUGGGAGUCAGAGAGGUGUUCAACGAGCUGUACAGCAGCUACACCCACUACCACAAAGCACAGAGGCAAGGAGAGGACAAGUACACAGUUUGAACUGUCACGGUGACCCUCAGUUUAGGUUCCAAUUUAAUUGAAUUAGAAUACAUUUUCUUGCGAUGGAAAUACUAUGGUUAUGUGAAAUUUCUGCUUUUGAACGAGAAACACCAGCUUGUGGAUAUCCAAGGAGAUAAACAGUGAAAACAGCUCACAGUAGAUUUCUAGAGGAUUGAACGCAGACCCACAGGCAAUAAGAACCAAAUUGUAAUGCCUUAUAUAACUGGUUAAUAUUGGUUGUCUGCUAAAGGGUAGAGAAACACAAAGCUUUCUGUAACUGUGGUUACACCCUUUACCAUAAACGUGCAGCACAUGACUGACUGGAGCAACAGUGACUGUUAACCAUUCACACAGUGUUGGAAUUAAUACGGGAGCUGGUCACUGAAGUUGCAGUGUAUCCUCUUGCCGCAACCAUGACAAAUGACGUGUAAAGUGUUGUGUUUAUAUUAUAAUUUAAAGAAACUGGUUUCAAUGAGAUAUGAUUAGCAUUUUACUGAAUUGCUAAAGGAAAUAUGGAUAUAUGUGUGAAUUGUACUUUCUUUUUCUAUAUUAUUUUGUUUUUUUAUCAAAACUUAAUCAUUUAACAUAGAUAAAUUUAAAUACAAUGCAGUCUCAAGCCUGUUUAAUUGUGUCAUUUUUACGCACAGUGUUGUUCUCAUAUGUAAUGUAUGUAUAUAAUUUUUUUUGUUGCUUUUUUUUGCCUUUAUUUGGUUGAGUACAGUGGAGGAUCAGACA